UUAACCAGUUCCAAUGGGUCAUAAUAUCUGAGAUAAGGGCACUGCGUUCCAGAACAGAAGAACUUGAUAUAUCUGUAAACGGACACUUACAAAUAUCAAUAGAUGAGUAUCUUAGUGACUUUGCUGAUCGUGCGAGUGUGACACAUUCCCAAAUCAAUGGAAAAGUUAAGAUUUUUUUCUUUGUGGCAACACAACCUCUAGAAGACUUUGGCUUGCCAUUUCUGGCUUUUGUUGAUAUUGCUUUUCCUGUAGCUAUAUGAUCAAGUUCUAUCGCACAGAGUCAUGAUCCGUUUUGUGAUUUGAUCUGCUUGGGUCUUACCGUUUAAAAAGGAAAAGUUUGAAUAAUCAAUGAUCUCCAAUUCAAUAUUAGAUGAUAACACUUUUCGUUCUAAAAAAGUAUCUCUUCUUAAUAAACCACAAGCUCACCAACACUGUGUGUCACUUCUCGAUGUAUUCACUUUCACUUCGAGAUCACGAUAUUCUCACGCAUCUCCUUCCCCUUUUAACAUUCACCGAAAAUCACAUACCGACUCUAUGAUGUUCUCAUUCUGUCUAACCGAUUUUCACGCAGCAUCCCUACACAACGACGAUCGCUAGAGCUAUCCCUUUUCUACUUCAGCCUUGCUAUUGCUAUCACCGACAAAGCAACGAUCCAACGGUUGGUGGAAAAUUCAGAAUACAAACAUACGUACAAACACACAUAAACACACGUAUAUAGAAGUUUUCGAGAUGUGUGGGAACGGUCGAAACACGGUGUAAUCCCAAACCAGAAUCCCAGUACGCCACCGUACGAACGCGAGGAAAAACGCGCACACGAAACCGAGCGCGCGCGCGAAACGAACACACUUUUCCGAGUCCGACGAGAACGGCCAAACGGUUGCGAGCACCGCGCCCAAGGUAGCAGGACGGUUGUUAUAAUUUUAUUGUGCGAUUAUCAUUGGGCGCACUUGGUCAAAGUUUCCUGCGGUGCGGCGGUCAAUUUACACCGAUAAUCAACAACCCUGGUGCCUGGUGGGUCGCGGCAGGAAAAUUUUCCUGCUUGGUUGAAAGUUUAAUUAUUAUUAUUCUUCCUAACGAUCGACAAAAACGGAUGUGUGAACACCAAGUGUGCGUAAAAUGUUCCGCGAAGGUGCGGUGUGUGUUUAGCGCUCGUUUCGUAGCUUAGAGUCAGUGCACCGAGCUAGUUUCGUCGGAGAAAAGCAAUAAUUUACAACCCCCGAUAGUACACAUCGAAGCGAAAACGAAUUUUCACACGGUCGGUAGAGUAAUCGUUAUUGUCCUGCAGAUCGCUGUGAUCGUGCGCUGUGUAAUGGGGGAAUGGGAAACAUAAAAACGCUAUUGCUUAGGAUUUUACAUGCUUCGAUGGGAAGGAAAUUCUACUAAAACGUCUCGCGCCCUAUCUCCCUCUCUCUCUCCUCUUCUUUCGUUUUUGCCAACUUCCAUCCAACGCUUGCUACCGUUCCUGCCUAUGUUUUGCUGCAGCAGCAUGUGUGAAAUAAAGCCUGCUGCGACCUUUGUCUGUCGUUGCUGCAGUGACAGAAGAAGUGUGAUCUGAAGAAGUGCGAAUUGCCGUGCAGCGAACCCGGUGCCGAUUAGUGAAAAUUGGUGAAGGUGUGAAAAUUGCCCGCGGAAGAAAUCCGCCUCGACCGUCAGCCAUAUUACGUGGCGUUUGAUUUUCGUUUAACAACAAAUUAUUCUGUUUAAUUUAGUACGCGAGAGCGUUUCGCAUAGCGUAAAGUGGGAGUUUUUAACUUCUUUUAAGUGAAGUAAUUAAACUCGAUUUCAAACAAGAAAAAAGCAAAUCAGAUCGAUUCUGAAAGUGUGAAAGUGUUUGUUUAGUUUCGCAAAUUACAAUAAAAGGAUAAAUUCAAUAGUUCCAACUUCGUUACAACACACUGCUGCUUGUCAUGAUGCAUCAUCUUGAUUUUUCCAACGGUCACCGACACGGCGACGGCACGCUUGGAAUGUCAGGUGGAUCUGCAGGAGCAACCAUGCUGCACGAAUCGUUCUCUAGCCUUGUUGGCAACGUACCGUCGGCUGUGGAUUUAAAUGGGACAGACUUUCUACAUCAUUACAACCCGGCGGCAGUGGACUAUUGGAGCCCAGUGUCCUAUAAAAAUGGUACCAAUCCUAUGAAAGCGAUGGAAGCUUGCCUCCAGAAUGCCAACAAAGGUCAAUACAAUCCGCUGGAACAGGUCGAGCAGCUCAGCAUUAGCUGUGACAGCGAAUCCCAAACUUCGCCACUCCAACAAACGGGUGUCCACAGUCUACAGCAGACAGCCAGCAACGGCAACAACCUCGCCCAUCAUCACCUUAACCACAGUGCCAACAACAACAACAACAACAAUAACAACAACAGCCUUAGUAGCAACAAAAAUCUUCACGAGUCGCGCGGUCAUGGCAAGACGCAUCGAAGUACGGACUCGCGCCAAAAGUCCCGAACCGGCCGACGUGGUGGUGGCGCUAGCUCGCAAGACUCUUCUUCUCCCGAGACGCACGAGGACACGCGCGUAGGUAUGGAAGAGGAUCUGGGUGAAUCUAGCAGAACGGAUGAAGAUGAGGAAGACGUUGGUGGUAGUGAUGAGGAUACGGGUGGUGGUGACGGUACUGGUAGAGGUUGUAGAAGAGAAUCUAUCAUACAAAAUGGCAGCAGACAGCAGCAGCAGCAGCAGCAACAAUCCUCCAAGCAGCUGGGAGCGCCCACAACGGCUACUUUCGCAAGCAAAAAAUCACCCGACGUGGAUAAACCUUAUCACUCGUCCCUGGCUUCGGUGGUGGUCGUACUGGAGGGGAAACACUUGUGGGACAAAUUUCAUGAGCAGGGCACGGAGAUGAUAGUCACCAAAGCCGGCCGGCGCAUGUUUCCGACCUUCCAGGUGAAGGUGGUCGGGCUGGAACUGGCCGCGGAGUACCUCAUGAUUAUGGACUUUGUGCCGCUCGAUGAUAAGCGCUAUCGAUACGCGUUUCACACCUCAAGCUGGGUCGUGGCCGGAAAGGCGGAUCCCAUCUCACCGCCACGCAUCAGCGUCCAUCCGGACUCCCCGGCGACCGGUGCUACCUGGAUGAAGCAAACAAUUUCCUUCGACAAACUGAAGCUCACCAACAAUCAGCUCGACGACAAUGGCCACAUCAUUCUCAACUCGAUGCAUCGCUACCAGCCCCGGCUACACGUUUGCUACUUUACGCGGAACGGCGUCAAGGACGAAAAGGAUACCCUGACACAUCGUACGUUCGUCUUUCCGGAAACGUCAUUCACGGCCGUCACCGCCUACCAAAACCAGCGGGUAACGCAGCUUAAAAUCGUCAGCAAUCCCUUCGCCAAGGGUUUCCGGGACAACGAAACGAACGAGGAAUCUCAGGAGCGAUCGGCACCGACCAUAAGCGAUCGGUUAAAAAAUGAACGCAACUCCAGCUACAAAAAGGAUAGCGAAAUGGCGACAAUUUCUACGGGCACCACGUCCUCCUCCUCACCGCGGAUAACUUCCUCCUCCAGCACCACACCCUCCACCGUGACACCCGCUGCCCUGGCGCUACAUCAAUCCGCACACCAUCAACCCUCGCUGCACCACCUUCAGCAUCAUCUGCAGCAUCUUCACCAACCGCCCGGCGCUAAUCCCGUCGAUGGUACCACAGCGACAGCCGACGGCCAUCAUCAUCACCAUCAUCAUCAGGCACAUCUACAGCAGCAGCAGCAGCAGCAGCCGCAGCCACCUCAGCAUCACCUCAACGGCACUGCCGGUGGAUUGACUUCCCUCGUACCGGGACACCAUUCGCCCUUAAACUCACCUGCACCUUCGUCCGGUGGUGGAUCUUCCCUCUCGCCCUACGGUCUAUCACCGCAUGGUACGGGUUCGGGUGGUACUCCAACCACGAGCUCUUCCGUCGGUUCCGGGAGCAAUAUGCUUGCCCAACCGUACGCUUCCGAUGCGAGUGGAUUCGGUCCGAUCUAUCACCAUCAUCAUCAUCACCACCAUCACAACCCAUUGGCGGGUGGACCUACCCCAUACAUGGGCCAUCCAUCGUUCGUGGACAAAUACAAACUGUCCGGUACGCCACCACCUCCACCACCACCACCACCGAACACACUCACACCACCCGGAACGACCUACACCGGGCACUAUCAGGGAUUCUAUACGGGCGCAAGUCAUCCUGGUGCCGGUAUGCUUUCCAGCGGACAUCAUACGAUGGCGCACGGUGCAAGAGCUACCGUUGCCUCGAUCGCAUGUCGGGAUCGGGCCGAUCACGGCUGGUAUCCUUAAACGCAUGCCACAUCAGCUGUAUAUAGGUAGGGUACGUAUAUGCGAAAGGUAUUACAGUGUCCAGUGUGCAUACGAAUUAACCAUCCUUAGUAUUGAAAAAAGAAAAUGUGAACAUUAUUUAUUAAGAAGGAGCGCAACACAAAACAAAACCAAUAAAAAAUGAAACGAUAUUUUAAGAAAUGGAGAAUACGAAUUAUUUGAAGAAUGAUUAAAAACUCCGAACAAUAUUUUAUGUAUUCUUGAUAAGGAUUAGACCUAGAAGGGUUUUGAGAUAAAAUGGUGAAGUUUACACCAGUUCUUGAUUUUUUUUAAAUUAAACUUGU